CGGCCUGUGAUUGGCUGUCUGUGUGCGUGCGUGCGCGCCGUCUUCCCUGCUAAUCCGCCCUGCUUCUGUUCCGGCUGCUCCGCUGCUGUUUCCACCGGCUUCUACCGACCGACCGACCCGCUGUCCUCGCGCUCUCUUCGGGCCGAAAACACCGACACGACCCGAGGAACAACAGCCGACAUACGGUUGUCGCUUGUUUCUUGGCUUGUGUGGUGCAACUGCCGGCUGGCGUCCUCUUCAGGGACAGCAGGCUCUCAGACGCUGUGAUCCAUGAGGACUUGGCUCCCCAUAAUCCGCCAAAGAGCAUUAGCGUGCUAAGUUUAACUCGCAGGGCUGCGAGUCGUCGUUGCUGCCACCAUGAUGCAGAUCUCCGAGCCCUACAACCCGAAGAACUCGCUGUUCAACACCAUGAACCGCUUCAUCGGCGCCGUCAACAACAUGGACCAGACGGUGAUGGUGCCCAGCCUCCUGCGGGACGUCGAGGACGUAAAGACGGGGGCGGAGGGCGCCUCCAACGGCGGCGACGCCUACUACGUCCAGGACGGCGACAUGUACAGCUCCUACGUGCUGUUGAAGUCCAUCCGCAACAACAUCGAGUGGGGCGUCCUGCACGGCGACGGCGGUGGGGACGAGAAGCAGUUGGCGGCGGCGGCGGAGGGGCAAGACGACGUGGACGUUGACCUGGAGAAACAGUUUCAUUUCCACCUGAAGGGACUCCACACGGUUCUGUCCAAGCUGACGUGUAAGGCCGACACGCUCACCAGCCGCUACAAGGAGGAAAUCUCUCCGUUAAAAAAAACUCUCCAUUAAUCGGGUCGUUUUGGUGUCAAAACAGUCUUCUUCCAACUCGUUUUAGUGUGUAUAGAGCAGCAUAUCUCCACCAGACUCCAUGUAGAUAAUCACUACUUUUAGCGUGUAUAGA